GCUGCCGGUGGUGAUUAUGGGCGCAUGUGCGCUGCUCUAACAGCGGAGGGAGAGGGGAGGAUUUGGGGCGCCGGAGAUCUCCGGUUUCCCCAAACAAUAGUCGACGGGACGCGAUGGUCGCCUUUUUUUUUUUGAAACCGCAGGGAAGUUUAGGACCCUCAUCGGCCCCAUUGUUGUUCUCACCGAGGCCACGUAGCUCUGUGGAGCGUUUUUAAGCGUCUUGGGAACAGUGAUGUGUUUGUAAAUGUUUAUAGAGGAGAAAAUGGUUCAGAGGGAGAUGCGCAUGGAGGGAACACUCGCGUCCAGUUUGAUUGUAGGCCGAGGGUUUUGAAUUUUCUCCCUGGUGAAGGACUGCUGGGAAUUUGAGUGCGUCCAUUCAUUUACUGCGAGGGCGUCCCGUUUGGAAAAGGAAAGGCGGAAGAAAGGGAGCGAGCAUUUGGAUAAUUUGGCAUCAGGACGCGACCGGUGGGGCCUGGGAGUCUCCCAUUGUCCUGCCGUACUCCAACACCCUCCUUUUUCCAUUUUAUAGGUCGCACAACUCUUUAUAUUCGCCCUACAUGCUCCCGGUGCCUCACAAUCACAGCCACCUCAGCUCUCCCCUGCUGCGACUCUCCUACCCACCGUCCUCUCCCACCCCUCUUCUCCUCCUCUCUGUAGCCUCCCCCACUCACCCAUCUCCCUUCUCCUGCUCCAUCCUCAUCGGCCUCCAAGAUAGAUUCCCUCAGGAGUAAGGUUGACCUGCUCAAGCUGCCUCUGGCUCUCACCACCAAGUCCAUCUCCGAGCGCAAGAGCCAGCUGGGAGGAGUCGGCGAGCAGCGCGGCACGGGGGGAGGAGGAGGAGGCGGGGCUCGUAAAGCCCGCUCACCGCCGACCCGAGACAUGGACAACGAGUCGCAGUACUCGGGCUACUCAUACAAGUCCUCACAUUCCCGAAGCUCCCGCAAACACAGGGAUCGGAGGGAUCGCCACCGCUCCAAGAGCCGAGACAGCAGCAGUCGUGGAGACAAAUCGGUCACCAUCCAGACUCCUGGAGAGCCGCUGCUGGAUGCAGAGUCGACGCGUGGAGAUGAGAGGGAUGAUAACUGGGGCGAGACCACCACAGUCGUCACUGGCACCUCAGAACACAGCAUCUCAAACGAGGACCUGACCCGCGUCACCAAAGAUUUGGAGGAGUCGACACCGCUGGAGUGCAAGCGCUUCAUUGGCCCAGCUCUGGGAGGCUGCCUGAGCUUCUUCGCCCUGGUCACGCCUUUAGCCUUCCUCAUCCUCCCGCAGGUCCUGUGGCGUGACGCCCUCGAGCCCUGCGGCACGCCCUGCGAAGGCCUGUACGUCUCCUUGGCCUUCAAGCUCCUGGUCUUACUCAUCUCCUCCUGGGCGCUGUUCCUCCGGCCUCCUCGUGCCACGCUCCCGCGCUUCUUUGUCUUCCGCUGCCUGCUGAUGGUACUGGUGUUCCUGUUUGUGGCGUCGUACUGGUUGUUUUACGGCGUGCGGGUGCUGGAACCCAGGGAGAGGGACUACAGGGGGAUUGUGGAGUACGCUGCCUCACUGGUGGACGCCCUCCUCUUCAUACAGUACCUGGCUCUGGUGCUGCUGGAAGUCCGACACCUGCAGCCAGCCUUUUGCCUCAAGGUGGUCCGGAGCACGGAUGGAGCGAGCAAGUUCUACAACGUGGGCCACCUCAGUAUCCAGCGGGCAGCUGUCUGGGUGUUGGACCGUUAUUACAGCGACUUCUCCGUCUACAACCCUGCCCUGCUCAACCUGCCCAAGUCCAUCCUGUCCAAGAAGAUGACCGGCUUCAAGGUUUACUCUCUGGACGAAAACCCCACCAAUAACUCCACAGGCCAGUCCCGGGCCAUGAUAGCAGCAGCUGCCCGGAGGAGAGACAACUCCCACAAUGAGUUCUACUAUGAAGAGGCGGAGAUGGACCGCAGGGUCCGCAAACGCAAGGCCAGGUUGGUCGUGGCGGUGGAAGAGGCCUUCACACACAUCAAGCGUCUCCACGAAGACGAGGUCGCCUCGUCCCCCAAACACCCGAGGGAGGUGAUGGAUCCUCGGGAAGCGGCUCAAGCCAUUUUCGCCCCGAUGGCCCGAGCCAUGCAGAAAUACCUGAGAACCACCCGGCAGCAGGCUUUCCACAGCAUGGAGAGCAUCCUCACACACCUGCAGUUCUGCAUCACACACAACAUGACGCCCAAGGCUUUCCUAGAGCGUUACCUCUCCCCCGGCCCCACCAUGCAGUACCAGCAGCAGAACGGCAGAGGGCGCCAGUGGACUCUAGUGAGCGAGGAGCCGGUGACCUCAGCCCUGCGCCAGGGUCUAGUGUUCUCCCUGCGACGCCUGGACUUCUCCCUGGUGGUCACAGUGACGCCGCUCCCCUUCCUGCGGCUCGGGGAGGAGUUCAUCGACCCAAAGAGCCACAAAUUCGUCAUGAGGCUGCAGUCUGAGACCUCGGUGUGACGGCAUCUCCUCGAGAGUCUCCUUGUUUCCCACGCUGUCCUCUCUCCAUGCUCGCUCCUGCUGGAUCACUGAUGUGGCGGGACAUGUGGAGGCCAUGUGGUCCACUCCCAUCCAAUCAUUUCUUGUCUGUGACAAAGAAAGCAUUCAAAGAGAAUCCUCCUCGUGUGUUAUGAUCAUCACAGAUGCUCUGAUAUCAAACUGUGAUCAGCUCAACGAUUGUUCAGACCUGGAAUUAAACUGAUGCCUUGACUUUUUCUCUUUCUGUGUUGUAAAACUCUUUGUCUUUACAACAUGCCGUUAAAAAAAAAAAAAAAAAAGUAAACUUUUUGAAAGGGGACUUUUUGUCUUUUUGCCUCUUCUGUUGCUGUAACCACUGGACUACUUUACUGUGCUGACUCAAAACCAGAGGAGGGGGAUUACAUCACACUUGUCACUUCCUCUUCCUUGUGUCUUAAAAACAGACUAACCGGAGCUCAGCUCUGACUGCAACGCUGGUGUACCACUGCCUUUUGGUUCCCUGUCAGUUUAUUGUUUUGUUUAAGAUGACAAGGACUGUUUUUAUAUAAAAGGGUGUGACUUUUUUUUUUUUAACUUACAGAAUGUAGCAUUAUGUGCUUUGAAUUAACACGUGGCUUCUCUGCGGUCUGAAGGCCAAAAUGUCUUUUUAUCUGACUGUAAAAAAAAAUGGAAGAACAUUCCUAAGCUACUCCAGACUCUGUAUAUUCAUGAUUGUCUAAAUAUGCAGGUUUUGUAUUAUUCUACACUGGCAUUUUUACUAUUCAUUUUACAGUUUUAGCAAGAGGACUAAACAAAGACCCCAUUUAUACCUCUUGUUGUCAUGCAAUCUGUACCUGCAUGAUAUCUUGCCUGGAUAAUGAUGUUACAGCAAAGCAUGGAGGUGUUCUGAAUUUUUAUUAUCAACAAAUCCCACAAAAAGGCCAGAAAAGCAAAAGAGUUAGAAUACUUUAAAAAUUCCCCUGUCUUGAAGACCAUUUGUUAAAACCAUAUACUUUCAUUUAACAACAACAAUAGGAAUAAAUGAUGCAUAUAGUGGGCACUAUUUUUAGCCGCUGACUAAUUUGCGCUACUGAGUAUUUAUGUCUCAGGAAGUCUUGUGCGAUUGCAUGAAAAUUAAAUACAGUGCCCAUGUUCAUAUAAGGAGGGGCAUCUCACCCAGUGCAAUGGUGUGACUCACUGAUGAUGUGUUCUUAAUAAUUUUCAUACAGAAUUCGUUUGAAGGAUCAACUCAUCAUUUAUGACAAUCUCGAAAAAACAAGACUGUCUCCAAACUUGUCUUUUAAUGUAAGUUGUAAAUGCAUGCAGGACAAAUUGUGCUCAGAACUGCUAUCUACCACUGCAUCGGCUAGACCAUAUCUGGAGGACGUGGCAGCUUUACCAUGUUUUAAAGACAAAAAAAAGACCCAUUAAGUUGAAAGGUCACUGAAACACCUCAAUUUCCUGUUGUUCUAAGCUGCUCGGGGAAAACUGACAGGUGAUCACUCAAAUUGUGAAGCAAAAAUAGAGCAUUCUCAACCCAAGGUCCAACUUACUUGUUUUUUCGAAGCUUUCAACCACAUCUCGGGGCCUUCAUCAGUGGAUGGAGUCGCUUAGUUGUGACUGUGAUACAUGUCACCUUAGUAUGGAAUCUUGGAGAAGUAGAGUUAAAAUCUCCACGUCAUAUAUGACCUUAAGUCUCGUAACAAGAUUUAUUGCCAUGACACCUGAUCAGUUACGUGCUGAGAAAUGUUUGGCUUUGGUGUAUUGACAGUAUUGUAUUAUAAUGUAUUUAUAGUACUACAACAUACCUGAUAAGUUAAGGAUAGAGCGAUGAAGUCGUAGACUUAUUUCCUUUACUUUCCGUGGUAUGUUCGUAGUCAAUCAAUCUCAAUAAAGACAAUUGAUAAAAUAUUUCAGACAGUAGAAAGGGUAAAAAGUAUCACACACCAGAAAACAAAGUCGUAUUAUGAAAGGCAGUGGUUAAUAAAUACCGAUGAAAUGCAAUGUUGAUUAGAAAAACAUAUUAAGACCUCCACAGUCUCCGUUUUUUAGCCUUUUUCGUACCAUGAGAUGAUUAAAGCUAUGCAAAUGACAAGGAGUUGGACCUUGGCAUAAGAAUUUUUUAAUGUUUUUUUUUCUUGACCUUGAACACACCAUGUUUGUUGAUUUAACUGAGUCAAGGAAAACACGUACUAAAGCCAGGUGUAAAUGCAAAAGCCUGUUAUCAGAUGUCAUCAUCCAGGUACAGAUCCCAUGUUAAUACCAGGUGUAAAUGGUCUUUUUAAUAACGUACACGUAAGGAAUUCAGUCCUGAACAGGCAGCUGUAGUUAAACUACAAGCUGACUUCUAUGUUUUUUAUUUUUUAAUGCAUCUCAACAAAAAUCCCAAACCAGACGUGUGAUUGUAACUCUUCUCUGCAGCUCCUCUGCAGCAGUAGCAUAUCACCGCCUCGCCUUGUGCCACGAGCUGAAACAAGCACAGUGAAACAUACCGCCUCCAUCCGACAGCCUUACUCUCCAAUUGCGGAGGACCAGCGGUGGGGCACAUCUGUCCUCGCACUGACUCCUUCUCCUCCAGGUCCCGAAACUUACUGUAACGCUGAAGCUUGCCUGAUGUUGAGACUUGAGCCGAUCUGUUUCUGCCUUCAGUUUGUUGAGCCACAACACGGCUGACUGUUUGCUUUUCUUUCCAGGUUCCAAAAGCCCUUUACAUUUCUAAAAAAAAAAAAUCUAAAUACAAGGUCCUAGUGUAUGACAUUUCAUCCAAUGCAGAUUUUUUUAAAAUGCAUGUUAGAUUUAUUUUGGGCUCCAAAACUUUUUUAUAAUAACUUGUUUUCUAUUAUUUUGAAGGUGCCUAAGUUAUGAUGAUGCAAUUUUCCGAAUGUUUUUACUUUUGAAAAACAAGAGGCUUGUAAAAAACAAUUUGUAGAUUUGUCUUGUAUUUUCUUCCUUUUGGUAACUGUAGCUUGUAUAGUGUGUUAGGCCUUUUUCCAUUAUUAAACCAUUUAUUCCUUCUAUGUCUUCUUUUUGU